CGCCCACAGAGAAUUGUGGGCAAGAGGAAGUCGCCAUGUUGGGUGUUUGAGCGAGGGUGGAAGUGAAUCAAUGUGUGGUAAUUUCUGAAUUUACUAAUUUUACGACCAUCUUAGCAUCAACCGGAGGUGGAGUGAAACACGCUGGGAUCUUGGAUUUUUAUAGACGGUGUUGGUUGACCUCGUAAUCAACCAUGCCGCUCAUAAAGCGGCCCGUGCAUCCGAUCGAACUAAGUCGCGGACAGCUAGCGGGCGGGCUGAAGAAUGAACUCGAAGCUGUCUCUGUGAACACUUUAUGCGGGAUAAUGCGGCAGCUUAGCAGCAUUUCUAAGCAUGCUGAGGAUCUCUUUGGAGAGUUGUGUGCCGAAACAAACAGUAUUUUUCAGAGAACGAACUCUCUUCAAGAAAGAAUUCAGAAUUUGUCGCAGAAGGUGACUCAACUGGAUUCAAAUGUUGAAGAACGUAAGUGACCAUUUAAGCUUAUAGUAUAUACUUUGGAAACUAUGCAUUCCUGAGGGAAAUUUGUUGAAUUUUUGCAGCCUGUUUAGACAGAUUGAUGUGCUGUUAUCGAAUACAUCGGGCUGUCAAACUUAAAAUUCUUUGUUAGACCGAAACAUUGAACUUAAAUGCUGUGAUUUAAUUUCUCUUUAUAUUCGUGUUUCAAAUGAAAACAAAGUAGUGAUGGUUUAUUAUUGCUUUCACGAAGAAGUUGAAAAUUUUCUCCCACAGUCAAAAAUUUUAGAUCUAAAUCUCUGCUGCAGUAGAAGCUUCAUUUAGUGGUUUGUUCGUUUGUAUUUUUUUUUUCAGAAAAAUGCGUUCGUUACUACAAUUUACUGUUCAAUAAUCAUUGCCUGUUGUUUUUAUAAUUAGCGAAGGACUUCUUAGUGAGCUCCUUGUCGACGAGACCGUUUGUUUGUGAUAUUGCGCGUGAUUCUCUGUAUCCUUUGAGUAAGGCUUUCAUCCUUGUGCAUUCAGUCAAACUGAAAAGCCUGCAAUCUCUAAGAUUAGUUAAAGUCCUAGAGGGCUUGUUAGUGGCUUGUUAUGGUAACGUUACAGUGCCAGUUGAUGAUAAAAAAAUAUUUUGUUGCAAAUCGCACUGUGUUAAAUUGAGGAGGAAAUGGUUGAUAAUGCAAUGAUUGUGUGCAAACCUCUGCAAAAUUGUGCCUCCAAACUAUGAAUACUGAAAUUUCAGGGUAAUCAAUUAUACUGUAUUAUCUACUAAAUUAAUCCUGAUAUAAUCAGUAUAAGGUGAUUACAAAAGUGUUUUUAAAUUUAAUUAUGAAUCAUUGAAGAGUCAUUUGAAGUCUUGACCCUUAUUGUAGGGCAAGAUCAUUCAUGUGAAACCUAGUCUACUAUAAUAGAAUCUCCUGUAAGCAACUGGCAAAAAUGCUAGAUUUUCUACGAAAUGACGCUUUCAAAAUGCAAGAUAGGGAUGUGUCAUUUAUAGUGCUGCCACUGCUUUGACUGGGAAAAAUGUUUUUGGUAUUUUCGAAAAGGGUUGCUCAUGAGAAGUGGUCGCUAGGGCUUCAACAAGACAUUGAGGCAUCAGAGAAUCGUGGUAUUUAUUCUCAUGAUACAUUACACACUAAAUGUCAGAUCCUGAGGGAAACAGUUUUGUUUUCCUGAGAGUCCUGAUGUUUCCUGAGUUGAAAAGAAUACUUCAACAAAAGAAAACACUCGAGCAGAGCAAAUCAAAACAGUGGACUCGGUACUUAAACACAAAUUUGAUUCUCAAAACCACUGAUUAAAUGAUUUACAAAGUACUUUCCUCAUAUUAUCAUCUUUUUCGUCUACUAGCUGCUGUUUCUCUUCUGGGAUAACUUUGAAAAUCGUUGCUUUUUAGCUUGAGGCUUCAUGUUGGUGUUGUUGUGUUCAUUCACGAUAAUGAAAACUGGCAGUGUUUUUCUCACCUUCUGUCACGCCACUUUCCACCAUGCUUUGAUCACGUGCUGUAAUGUAUCCUGACUGGGGUACAUUACUUAAUGUAUCACAAUCAGGAAAACAUUUGAUUUUUAGUCAAGGACACGUGACCAAGAAUCAGCCAAUCGCUGUCCCUGUUUCUAGGAAUAUAACCAAUAUUGAUAUUGAGCUGAACAAUAACACAGCCCAUAGAACUCACAAUAACACGGUUUCCUGGUUUAUUCCACUUCAAUCCGACUCACAAACUCUCACAAAACUCGAUGAAAAAACCUCAAAGGAAAACCCGCGCUCACAAUAUUUUUACGACUCGUCCAGUUCUAGCUUACUCAGCACGCACGUGCUCAUUACCUUAUUUGGUAGCCCUAGCCCUAAUUUGGUAGUGCUGCUCCACGUCACAAAACUGUGAGGGGUAGGGUUGGUAAAACUCUCGUACAAUAUUUGGAAAAGAUAUCAUUAUAAUAUUAUUACUAUACAAGAAAUUAGGCUAUACCGAUUAAUUUGCAAGAUUACUACCAUUGUUAUUUCUUUGCUAAACCUGUAGGCUCAAUUUCUGCCGCUCUCUAGGUCCUUCCCGAGAAGAGAUGGCUGGACACGUGAGUGGCCUGUCAUGUCUGCAGUGUAAAUUCAAAAUUUAAUUCAUGCAUUGUUACCAAACACCGGAAACAGGAAAUGUCAUUAAAACACAUGUUGUGCUUUGUCUCGUCAUCACUUUGGUAUUUGCCAUAAAAAUCAGCAGAAACGCGUACUGAUUUACAUUGAUCUUGCAUUAGCGAAGUUUGGAGUGAAAUUACAUCAGAAAUGGACUUGACAGUCAUCUCUUUCACGUUAGCUGACAUCAACUAUUGUUGCUGGAAAAUAAUACUACUGGUAAUUUGGUAAUGAUCCAGAUACGGUUGGUUGAAUUUCAAAAGCGUACUUACCAUUUGCCAAUAUCUCUAAGCUAACUCUCGUUUUUGUAAAUGUUUCUUACAAUGCUCUAAAACACAAUUGCAUGCCACAUCAAACAACACCUUUGCAUCUUGUACACUGUACCUUUUAAAUCAGAUUGUUUAAAAAAUAUAGAGCAAAAUUUCUAGUUGCCAUGGUUGACUUUUACUUACUGGUCACAUUUUUAAGUCUUGUCACUAACUUUUUGCAUGUAUUCACUCCUCAGUUUCAUUACAAGAUAUUAACAUGCGGAAAGCAUUCAAGAGCACCAUAGUAACAGAUCAACAGGUAUUAGCAAGCAGUACUCUUCCAUCAGCCAUGAAGGAGAGAUAUCAAGACUGUGAUAAACCACCUCGUCUUCAGGAUAUGAACCCCUACAGAGAUGACAAGAAAGAUGCCCUCAAAUUUUACACAGAUCCUACGUACUUCUUUGAGCUUUGGUGUGAAGAGAUGAGAAAAGAAACAGAGAAGAAGAAAAAGAAGAGGGUGAGUGAUAUGGAAAUGUAACACUAAUAGUCAGUGCUUGACCUUAACUCUCACUGAAUACACAACUUUAAUCAGUGGGCUUUUAAGUUACCACUGUAUUUCCUCGAUUAAUAGCUGAGGGGUAAUUUGUUUUUUUUGUGCUUUAAAAGGAGGUGAUUAUUCGAGAGAGUUCAUGAUUUCAACUAUUGCUCACUGGAAGUUGAUUUUGUUUUAUUGUUACACUACUUAUUCCUCGCGAAGAAAGUUUAUAAUCCUGUCGCACAUGCACUGCGCUUGUUGUUAGCCAGCUGCAAACUUGGAUGCCCCACAUUUCUAUUUUUCUGUUUAUGAAUCUAUAAUUAUAUUGCUUGGUCUCUGCCCUGACGUCAUCUAGUGUGUGGUGUCCCGGAGCAUUUUUUGUUUCCAGGCGAACACCGAAGAGUGCCUUGUUGUUUUUUGCAAUGGAUUUCAAAGGCAAAAAUACUUUUAAGAGCAAACAGAAGCGAUUUGGAUCAUAAGCCUUAAGAUGUGAGCGAAAAUGGAAGUAACAAAACACAUGUUUAGCUCGCAGACAAGUUUAUACCGUAUCGGCUUAGUUGAGCAUCUGUUCUUUAAGUGUGAUGACAUGCGUUUAAGUUGGGUUUGUUACCGUCAAAACAGCAGUCAUUCUCCUCAAAAAUAUCUUUGAAUUCGUGUUUAAUUGGGCUUGGUCAACUUUAGACAGGGUGCCCUGGCAAAAGUUCUAGGGGAAAGGCUCUAAAUAAAAUAUUAUCAUGUCCUUUAUAGUAUGUUUCCAUGUGACGUGGUGGUAACAAAACGGCUUGGUGCAUACAAGGUCCUGAGUUUGAUUCCAGGCAUAAGCUGUGUUUCUUUUUCUUUUCUUCCUUUUUGUUUAGUUUUUUCUUUGUCAUUGUAGUUUUGUUUUGUUUCUUUAUAUAGCGUAAGUUUCUUGUUUAUAAAUUUUCUUCCCUUUUGCCUUAUUUCCUUUUCUUCCCACUUCUUGCCGUUCCCCCGAAGUGCCACGCAAGGUCCUGCAAUUCACGUAUUUCCAGUUAAAAAAAUUUAAUAAUCACAUCAAUAUGUCAAUAUCCUCACCAUCAGAGCUUGAAUAGUCACUAAGCAGUUUUGUAACCCUUUCAGUUGUGAACAAUCAGCAAUUGAAAGCCUGUUUUUUUAUCCAAGGUGUCAAUUUAUUUUAACUUGACAAGGAGGGGGUUAAAAAAGGAAGAUAGCAAGUGGACUGGGAGGUGAUUAUCAAAGGGGGCAAGGGGGGAUUAUUUGAGGGAGGACGGCUAUUAUUUGAGGAAAUACGGUACUCUUAUGAUAUCAAUAAAUUACAUUUGAGCCAAGCUCUGAUUGUACCAAAGAGGACUCUUACCUCUUAAUUGGUGUUCAGUCAGAUUGUCAUGUCGGCCCAGAAAGCUGCACCAAGUCCAAGAUGGAGUGCUUGCUGUGAACUACUGGCCUUGGUGACUUCUGCCAUAAUUUUAGCCAGAAAAAUAUUUUUCUUCAUACUCAAGAGAUUUGUAGCUUUACAUGUAUUUGACACACUUAGUGAGUGUUAUUUCAUGGAUCUACCGUAUUAUGACAUCUUUUUGUGACCAUUUCUCUUGUCUCUAUUGAUUACAUAGAGAGGCGGCCGAAUGAGAGCGCAAACAGGUGAAAAGAAAGUAGUCAAGGCAGUGAAGAAAAAAGUCUAUUGUGCUCAAGGGGAAGAGUUUAAAACCUCAGUUAUCAGCAGUUCUCCAACAACACCUACUUCACCCACUGCCGUGACAGAGAAUGUUGAAAUCAGUGAUGUUGAACAUGCUAAACAACCUAAUGGGGAUAUUCGAGAUAGUGUGCCCCCUAAUCAUCUUAUACAACCUGAUGACGAAAGAGGGAAAUCAGGUUCUCCAGCCCAGAGGAGGCAAUCUAGAAAGUACACCGGUAGCAAUAUACAUCGGCCAAAUGUGGCACCUCCUCCCCCUCCAGUCCCUGGAAUAGGGAAGAAUAUUCCUCGCAGUGAUUCUGUUUCAUCUCAUGGUGUUCCUGUGUUACCUGUACUGCCAAGUGCUGCAGUACCUGCACCGCCGCCUCCCCCGCCCCCUCCACCAUUGCCUGGUCAGGGGGGGAUGCAGGGUUUCAAGAAUUCCACAUCACAGUCUUCUGAUGGAUCCCAACCUGUGGUCUCACCGUCAUCGACUUCUUUAACAAACUCAACCUCAGAGUCAAGCAUCAGUGUUCAAAGUGGUGAAACACCCCUACCACCUAAGGAACAGGUCGACGCAAGAAGUGACUUGUUGUCAGCAAUCAGGCGCGGCAUGGAGCUGCGAAAGGUGCAAGUGCAGGAGGCACGGAAGGAGCAGCACAGUGGCUCAAAUGGUUUUGCCCAGGAUGUAGCAUCUAUUUUGGCUCGACGGAUUGCUGUGGAGUACUCAUCUAGUGAGGAUGAAAGUGAGACAGGUUCAGAAUGGUCUGAUGGGGAAGAUGAGUAACUCUUUGUACUCAAUUUUGAAUACCUCCAGUAAUUCAGUUUAAUCAUGGACAUCUUUAUAAACUCUGAAUUGCUGCAGCAGUUUUAAACCGUACUGCUUCCAUGUGAAAAAAUAAUUGCUUGUUGCUAAAAAGAUUUCUUGACAUGUUUUUGUAUCACUUUUUUACAGUCAUACAUGUGUUAACAAAUAAUGUACAGGAAAGUGUUCUACUUUUUCAACAAAUUGAUAUAGAUUUCAAAAUAUAAUGUAGAAAAUUAACCCUGAAAUUACCCUCCAAAAGACAGAAAUUCUCCUUAAUCUUGCUCCUUUUGAUUAUCCUGUCAAAUUAAAACUCCAUUUUGCUUGCACCUCUCAUGUCCUUAAAACAUUUAUGUAUAGAACCUGUUUUGUUUUUAUCACCCUCUGUUAGGUGAAAGUAUUAAGUGCCAUAAAGAAAUAGUUCAUUUUAACAGAAUCAAAAUUACUUUGAUCCCAGUAAAAUUAACUUUUUACCUGACAUAUUUAAUUUGAUUGCCCUUUUUGGACAAUGUAACCAUUGCAGAACUCUAUUGGUAUUGAAAUCAUAGUCAAAUCUUACAGAUCCAUCACAAAAUCCUCUACCUUCCCAUGUGAUGAUUAAACUGCUGGAAAGACAUAUUUUGGCACUUGCCAUGAGGUGUGGAUGUUGAAGUUUCAAUUUGAGCAGUAUUAUUGCAGUUAUUCUGAUUGAUUACACCAAUUUUGUAGAACAAGGUUACUUUACGCAAGUCUCUGGACAGGUCUCUGUUCACUAUGUUGUUAGGUACUUAAAUAUUAGGAAAUAUAUAUUUUUAUUGCUAGACUUGUUGUACAAUCAAACCUGUGUUAAGGGGUGAGAGUGGUCAUUGAAAAGUAACAUGAAGGAAUGUUAGCAAUAGUGCUUAACAGAAGGUGACCAUUAAAACAGGCUCACUUAACACUAGUUUGACUGUAUUGUAGUACUGUGUUAUUGUAAAGAUUAGUAAUUACGGUUCUCAAAUUCAUUAAUUAUUCAUAAAGAAUAUGCAAAGGAAAUUAAUGUUUAAGGAGUGUUUGAAAAUCAGAUGAAAAACUGCUCAUUUGUGCAUGCUUAAUUUUGCCUUCUAAAAUCAUUUUGUUUGAGAAGUAAUAUCAAGGAUUCAGCACAGUGUUAAAUCUCUAGAUGAAACACCUCAAAGUUCGUCAAAAAUACUCCGCUGCGCGUCGUAUUUUCAACUCUCUUCUCAGUGUUUCAUCUGGUGAUGAAAUGCUGUGUCCAAUGCUCAAUAUUAUUUUUACUAGAAGUUCCCCUUGUGGAGCUAAAAAGUGUCAGCCUACAUAAAGAGUAAGAGCACAGAGUUCAAACAGACUUUUGUUAAGGCGGUCAUAAACAGAACUGUUGCUCAUUAAGGGUUCAGUCCAAUAAGGGAGCUUUAGUAAUAAUAUUGACUGUACUGACACAAUGUUUAAGAUGAUGUUAAGUUGAAGUAACUUUUAUGAAUGUACUUGCAGGUGAUCAUGUAAGGGAUUCUUAAAGACUUUGUGAUGGAACUUAAAAAUGCAUGUAUUAUUUAAAAAUCUAUUUUAAUUGAAUUUUGUUUACUAGGUUGAGGAUUUUAAUGAAGAAGAUUGUGAGUGCAGACAUUUUUAAACUAAUUACUUUAGUGACCAUGAUUCCACACAACAGUUACAGUUUUUGAAAGAUAUAGUUCAUUCUAUUUGUGCUUGUGUGCUCUAGUUUUGCUGUCCGUGCAGAUGAUAUUAAAUGUCCUUAAAAUACCAGCAGUUCUCUGUAAGAUGGGCACUAUUGAGACUAGCAUCAAGUAUUCCGCUUGAAAGUGUCUUCCUCGUAGAAUGUAAAAAAGAACGUAAUGACUGAAGAAUAUUAAUAGCAGGAAACUUUUAGGCUUCUGUUUAGGAGGUGUCCGUCUUGGUGUCCAUUUUAAAGAAAGAGUUGACAUCAAGUGAACAAAGGUUAAAUGUGUUCUUUCUCACUUCCAAUAACCCUGCUUUUACUGUGCAAUUACAUUGUGGAACAGUCACAACCAUGUUAGAGACACUACACUGUACCUAUUAAUAUUAUUAUUAUCACCAUUAUUACCAUUAUCAUUAUUAUUAUUAUUAUUAUUAACAGUUGGAUUGUAAUGAUAGUGGAAAGGGUGAAAAAUAAGUUCACAGCUCAUAUAUGUUAGUUAUCAAUUUGUACCAUUCAAUGCGUAAUUAGUAUUGGCUGGAGAUGUUCAGACACUAUUUUUGUAAUGGACCUUAUGAGCUUGCUUGCUUUUGUAAAAAUAAACUUGAUGAACGUCUCCCCAAUAACUAGGGCUUUUGUGCCAAGUUAGAAACUCUGAGACUCAAAUAAAGUUAUUAUCAUUAAUGCUAUUGCUAUUAUUAUAAUAUUCAACAACAAACCCAAAAUUGCAAGUUUGUUUGUCAGUACCUCAUCAUGGACUGUUCUGUCCUUGGCUAGCUUAUUCACAAUAAAAAUCAC